AUGGCUAAACUAUUCCCUGUGGCAGUGGUGACAGGAGCCUCCAGAGGCAUUGGCAAAGCGAUAGUGAAGAAACUCUCCAGUGAAGGAGUAAGCUGUGUUGCAUUGGCUUCCUCAAGGAAGAGUAUAUCUAAUAUUAAACUGGGGGACCAUCUUCACGUUCUUCAUGACGCUCAAAGACAUAGAUCGCUAGCGAUCGACUUCAGCGAUUGGCCCAAAUGGACUCAGAUCAAGAAGCAUUACGGCAUUGACUACCAGAUGCCAAAAGCGCCGCUUAUUGAGUCGAACUACGUGGCAUCGGAGUUUGGCCUAUUCGACAUGCUACGCAGCUGGUCCUCGCCUGAGAACAAAUACUACUUGGCCCUACUGGUCAAUUGCGCCGGUAUAACACAAGCAUCGCUAAGCGUGAGGACUGAUCCAACUACCAUGGCCAGAAUCCUCAACGUCAAUCUGAUGAGUUGCGUUAGUCUCUGCAACAUGGCCAUCAAACAUAUGGUGCGAGAUCGCAAGUUCGUGCGGAGAAAUCCAAGUAUCAUCAACAUAGGAUCCAUCCUGGGAACCGAGAGCUCCCCGGUAGUAGCUGGUACUUCUCUCUACGCUGCUUCCAAGGCUGCAUUGAACCAUUAUUCCAGAGUUCUGUCCGAAGAGAUUUCCGGACUGGAUAUCGCGGUUGAAACAGUUAAUCCCGGGCUAGUUCCCCAAAGCGAUAUGAUCAAGAUGCUCGAUAUCAGUAUCCAGGAGCAACUACGGCACUCAAUGGGUCCUGAAAGCACCUCUACGGAGAAGAUAGCCUCCAUUAUAUGGGAUCUCUAUACCAGAGCUUGA